AUGCGACAGUAUAUAAAGCUAGGAGGUGUGAUUGUUCCUGAAACACCGGGAGAUAAAGUUGGACAGACUAUGUUUAACAAAAGAAGGAUUCGGAAGAGCACAGGCACCACAUUGGUCACUGAGAGCCCAGAUAUUAAAAGAGUCAGCAAAACAACACCCCGAAGGCUGCAAGCAAGUUUGACAAUUACUCGCAGAAACUCUUUCUACUCUGGUGCACGUUCCCGAAACUGGGAACGUGGUAAAACACUGCUUGCAGACCACAUCCGUAGCCAUUCUGAAAGAAGGAGCUUAGAUUCCAGUGCUUUCCAAAGUGUGGGAGAUGCUAGUUUCUUGUUCUCAGAAAUCUUAUCAGCAAGUCAAUCAGAUCUUUCACAUCAAGAUUCCACCAGUAACAAGAAGGAUUGUAAUGAUGCUGGAACUCCAGAAAGACGUGUUUUGGACUACGGGUUGGAUACAAGCACUGAAGUUGAGGAAAGUUCAGAAACAGUAAGCUCAGGUAAUAAUGUGUCCAAUAAUACGUCACAGUCAUCAUCAGUCUUCUCUGACUCUCCUGCUAAAAAUACCCAUGCACAGAGGUUAAAUAGAGAUUAUGAAGAUUCAUUAUCUAGAAAGAGUUUGAAAAGAACUCCUGUCAAGGCUGUGAAAAGGGCCCUCUCACUCUCUACUCCCACAAAGACAAUUUUGGUCCCUAAAUCUCCCAGGAGGAGCCUUCGUGUUGAGUUAGGCAAAGAGGAGCCAUUAUUCUGUACCCCAAAGAAAGUAAAUGAUAGUCCUUUCAGCAAGAAAAUUUUCUCUGUUGAUGGAACAGUUCCUGGCACACCCAAACAAGGUAGCCAGAAUAAAACGCUAUUGGAUACAUCCCUAUCCACUAUGACACCAAGCAAAAGAGUACAAUUCAGCUUGACGCUUACUCCAAGUAAACGUGUUUUAAUGGCCAAUAAUCCACAAACUCCUAAAAACAAGUUAGGAAUAUUAUCUAGUAAUCCUCCAACUCCCAAAAAGCAUUCUGAAAACUCCUCAAGACUCCUGGAAAAAACACCUGUUAAAGCCAACAUUCAGAGUCCUGACAUAUUUGCUACAACUGGAAAGAAAGAGAAGCAGACUCCAGGGAAAACACCAAUAAAGGGUAUGGAUGGUAAGGCAGGCCUGAAAGUAUCCAAAUUAAUUUUAGAAGACAUCAGUGAGAGAGUUCCUGAAACUCCUUCCAAAGUAGAUGUAGGUACUCCUGUGAAAGUUGGUACAUUUGUCUGUAAUGGAGAGAGUGAAAUUGAGCUUCUGUCACCAGUAAAAGGCAGCAGAAGCAGCCAUAGUACAAGUUCAGUCUUACUUUACACUCCAGAAAAAUAUCCACUGGUAGAAGACACAUGUAUAGAGGAUGAAAAUGAGAAUUUAUCAGGAAGCAAAGACCAUGGAGCAGACAUUAGUGUUGAAAGUUUAAAGGGUAUAACUCCAGAGGAUGUUGAAUUGAUGAAUACACUUAUGUUUGGAAAAGAACAAGAAGAAAGCUCUGAGAUGGGAGCAGCAGAGAUCAGUGAAGACGAUGACUUUUUCAAACUAGAUAUCAAUGGUAUCUUGUGUUCUCUUUCCAGUCCUACCAAAACAGGAAGUAAUCAGUCUCCUGUUGUUAGCCAUAGUUUGCAGGAAGACUUGGUCCCAUCUUUAGGAGAAAGAAAAACUCCUUUGCUUGAUUUAAAUGUUUUCUUGAAUGAACAAGUGACCCCUGAAAAGAAUAUUGACUGUAAGCCAUGUAGUGAGGAUCUCCUUGCUAGUCCUGAAAUUACUUUGGACCCAAAAAUUAAGAGGUAUAUAGAGAGAAUGAACCAACAAUUUAAAAGCCUUGAAAACAAUACAGAAUCCCAGCCAGAUGUUGCCAUGGAUGAAACUGUGGAAGAGGAGAGACUAAAGGAAGGUGAUCACUUAAAGAAGAGUGUAGAAAAUGAGAUUACCGUCGAUGCAGACAAAGGAAGUGCAGCUUUAUCUAUUGACUCAAAUGAAAACAGUUUAAGUGACUCAGACAAAUCCCAUGUUACAGAAACUCUUGAAGUACAAAGAACAUUGACAAAUAAAUCUCCAGAAAGUGCAAAAGAAAUGGAAAGUGAAAGAAGAGACAAGCAGUUGGUUAGAUCAUUGAUAAAUGAGAAAGAGAUGGAAACACUUCAGGCAGAAGCAAUGUCAGAGGAAUCAACAUGUAUUGAAACAAAGAAAGAUAGGGAUGAGGUAUUGGAAAAAGUGGAGCAAGGAUCCAAUCAUGAAUGCAAAAUGACUCUCAAAAGAGCAACUAGAAGAUCACAUGUGCAUUCAGAACCUUCAGAGAUGACUAAGUCAUUAGUGGAAUCUGAAGAAACAGAAUUAUUGAAAGAAGAAACUUGUAAAACUAACUUAGAAAAAACAGAAGGGGAGAAAAUAGAAAGGCAGGUGGAACAGUUGAAAAUUAUGCCAGUGAAUGUAUUACAGAAAAAUGUCAGCAGUGAUAGUGGUGGACAGGAAGAGGAAAUCAAAUCUGUAAUGAAACCUGAAAGAAUAUGUAGAAGAGAAACAAGAAAAUCUGGGAAUAAAUCAUUAUUGCACAGUAGUGAAGAGUCCUCAAAUAGCAAGGCUAGGGACUCAUUUAGUGUUCAUAUUAAAGAUGACAAGGAAGAUUCUGAAAUGCUAGAUGAAGUACUUAACACACAAGACGCAACAGAAAAAAUAGCUAGUGAGAGUGAGAGGCCAGAACUGGAAGAAGGAGAAAAAACAGUGUUACUGGAAGCAGAUGUGAUAAAUGUUAACCAGAUGGAUGAUGUGACAGAUGAGAAGUCAAAACCUGUAAGAAAAUCACCUGGAAAUUUACCCUCAUGUGAUAAUUCCUUAAUUCAUCAGCCUGAAAGUAGAGACUCAGACAAAAAAUCCAAGACAACUAAGAGGAAGAUAUUUGAAAGUGAUGAUGAGAUUGAAGAGACAGUCAAUCAAGAGAAUAUUAAAAGGAGGCUGAGCAGCAGUUACAGACAAGACCUCAAAAGGAAAAAGGGAAAUGAUAGAAGGGCGAGCUUGAGGAAACAGGCAGAGGUAACAAAAAGAAAAACUGAAGAAAGAGCAAGUAAGAGGAGUUGUGUCAGAAGAAUUCCCUCAUUCAAAGAGUACAGUAGUGAGGAUGAGGAUUAUAUCUUUGAAACUUAUGUAGCAUCACCUGUCAAGGAGAAGGUUGAUGCACCAUCUUCAAAGAGGAGGAGGAUAUUUGAAGAUGACGAUGAUUUCAUAUCUCCUUUGAAAGCAGACUUGGAAUUGAUGCCUUUGAAAAAUGUUGAAAAUCUACCCCACAACAAUAAAAUAAGUAAUAAUGUAUCAGUUGAAAAUGAUGUUAAGAAGGCAGGGGUAGAAUCUAGUAAACCUGAUUUACAGGAUUCUCCAUUAUCCAAAAUAAGCACUCCAGAUAGGUGCAAGCAACAGAAAAUUGAUAUUUAUCUCUCUCCCAUACACAAACAAGCUGCAGAAGCUGAAAAUGUAACAAGACUUUCUACAGAAACUUCAGUACGGAAAAGACCAGAGACACCAAAUGACUGGAAGAGAGUCAAGCCAAGAGCUAACAAGAACAAGAAUUGUAAGCUAGAUAUAGACAGUGAUGCUCCAAAAAGUACAAAUUGUCAAACAGAAGCGGGAAGAAAUGAAGAAAAACCUCGGGGCAGGACAGUAAAGAGAAAGAGAAGAGGUGUGAAAUUAAAACUUACCAAAAGCGGAGAUCACUACCAAGUUUCUGAAGCAAAUGCAUCAAUUGGAAGUUCAGAUCUCAAUUCCAGUAGUGAUAUGCAAGUUAAUUCUGCCACAAAUAAUGACAAGAAAGAUGCUGACAAUUCUUUAGAUUCGUCUAGUGCAUGUGAUACUCCUGUAUCAAAAAAGAAGAAAGGCCUGAAGGAAAAAUCUAUAAUAACACCUCUGCGAUUUACAAGACAUAUGUCAAAAGACUUGAGUGUGUCUCCAGAGUUCUUUCAGAAAUUGAUCACUUUAUCCCCAGAGAGAGGAGGAAGCCCCAUGAAAAGUUCAAAGAGAAAGAGUGAUGAAGCAUUAGGACACAAAUUAGAGAGAGAAAUGAUGGAACAACAAAACAAUGGAGAAGAUUCAGUAAGCACUACUUCAAGCAUUGGCCACUGUAACAGUUCAGACCUCGAUGACCUUCCUUUUGACUUGUCACCAGAUCCCAAAUUGAAGAGCCAAAGGAAUACAGUUGUUAAUGAGGAAUGGACAGUUCAGAAUGUCCCAGGAUCACCCACCAUGAAGACCUUUAUACGCAAACAAAAGAAUAAACAUUCCAUUGACAAAAGUCCCCGUAUAAAAUUGUCUCCAAUCCACAGUAGACCAAAAAGCUCUAGACUUUCCAACCCAAGUAUGUUAAGUCUAGUUCAUUUAUCAGUGUCACCAAUAAUUAAUAACAAAGUAAAUGUAGAUACCCAUGAAUCUCAAGGCAAUUCAAGAUAUCAACGAAAGCCGAAGUCUAGCAGAAGGUUGUACAGAAGCAGCAAAAAUUUUUAAAUUUUCUAUGGUGAUAGACAUGAUAGAAACCAGUGAGUAAUAUCUGGUUGUGCAAGAUUCUAAGUGUGAGGGCAUAUUUUUAUAGGUACAAUUCCUGAUUGUCAACUGUGGCAAGCAGGCUUUCUGAGUGUUUGUGUUUGUAUGUUUAUGUGAGUGUAUAUUAUGUAUUUUCAAACCCAGUUUCCUAAAUUUUAUAUAGAAAUAUAUAUUCUGUCUAUAAAUGAAUUGCUUGUAUAGUCAUAAUAAUAAUAAUGAACAUUUGGAGUUGAUUGUAUUGACAUUAUAAAUUUGCUGGAUAUUUUCAUUUGCUUCUUUUUAGAUGUAGUUUUUUUGUGUUAUUAGUUUUACUAUUAUCAUUAGCAUUCUUUGUCAUCAUUAUUAUAAU